AUGGUCAAGAACGGCACCAAAUCUGGCCGAGCGCGCUUCCGCUGUGCCAAGGGUCGUGAGUACAAACCUCAGGCCAAUCCCGAGACCCACGAAUCCAAGCGCCGCAAGACCAGCACGCAGUUUACUGGCUGCAAGUUCCAGCUUGCCGCCCGGCCUCUCCCUGACGGCAGAUGGGCUGUGAAGCUUCCUGACGGCCCAGCAGCGUUGCACAACCACGGCUGGAGCUACCCCACUGCCUUUGCUGGCGCCAGAGCGAGAGACUCGUACGAACCCGGCACAGCGGCACCGCGGGCCUCCGGUCGAUUCAUCGAUGGCCUAGAUGCCCUGGAUCCCGACAUUGAAGAUGACCAUGAUCGGGCGCUAGCGGCAGCCGAAGUAGCUGCCCACGAGGAUCAGGAAGAUGCCUCAGGAAUAGCGGUGUGCUUGAUACAUUACCGCCGCAUGCUGAUAUUGAAAAACCUUGACGGCUUACGCUUUGAGCGAAUUUAUCCCGGCUUGAGCAAAAAGAGCAGCUCCAGGCGAGUGAGCGGGAGGUUGACGUGGAGCGGGCGCUCGGGCCACCAAAAGAAGAAUGCAUUGAGCUACGACGACCACAAUACCUGUCUCGUACGGGACGAACGGUUCAAGUUGGAGAAAUUGAAGGCGCCGCCGCUUAUUGGUCCAGUGGAGCGGGCGCUCGGGCCACCAAAAGAAGAAUGCAUUGAGCUACGACGACCACAAUACCUUCGACUUAAGACGCUGCUCAAAUGCGGCCCACUGGUUGUGCCCCGUGGAACCAACAGCGACGGUCUCGAUUCCACUACGCGUUUGUUCCAGGAGUACGCCGUUCGACGAGAAAUCGGCCCCGACUUGUUUUCCAGGGUUAGGGUUAAGGAUUACAGCCAAUUCCGAGAUCAGGGGUCAGGGCAGGGGAAGUGUAAGCGCAAUUUCGGAGGAAAAAGCAUGGGCAAGGGCGGAAAUGAGGCAGCGAUUUGUCGCGAGCACCACAGCGCAGUUACGGCCAAGUCGGCGGCGUCGCAUAUUAAUUUGCAGCACCGCCAUUUGGUCGCCAGCGUCCGGCAGCGCAUCGUGGAGGAGGCGUCGGCGUUGGGGGCCGACGGUGUGCUAGCCGCCGACGCGCAGAGCAUCCAGUUCCCCAGCGAGAUUAUACCCGCUAUUGAUGGAUUACCCGUUUGGCGCGAUGGCAAGAAAUGCGUACACACGGGUUGGGCCAACCCGCGGAAACGCGGCGGCAAGCCCGGGGCAAGGCCGGCGGGCGGGUUAGGCGAGGCGUGGGUGGACGGUAUACAUUGCCAGCGAUUGGGCCGGACGGGCGCGCUCCAGCGUUUGUUCGAGGUAACGACUCCGGCCAACGCGGCCGUACGCGGGAGCAGGGGAGAGACAGCCGACUUUGAAGCCGCCAUCCGGGCCGAGUUCGAGGCGGCGGCGCGCGCCAUCAGGGAGAAGGACGAGGCGGCAGCGGCGCUGAUCGGCGACCAGUCGAGGUUGUCGGCCAACAUGUGGGUGCGGCGGACGGGGUGGCCGCGGCAUUUGCGUGGGUUUGACCGCGAGUGGUUGGCAACGACUAUACGGCGGCCCGUGGUGGAGAAGGAGGAAGAAGUAGAGGAGGGGAACGGGGAGGGGGGCGGAGAGGACGGAGAGGAUGAAGAGGAGGGGAACGGGGAGGGGGGCGGAGAGGACGGAGAGGAUGGAGAGGAGGUUGGAGGGCAGGGUGGGGAUAGGGAUAGAGAUGGCAGCGCCCGCAGCGAAGCCGCGUUGGCCGUCGUAUGGUUGGCCGUGGAAAGGGUGAUUUGGCGGGCGCAGAAGGCGUCGCAGGGAGACGAGGGAGAGGGAGACGAUGAUGAGGGAGACGAGGAAGAGGGAGACGAGGGAGACGAGGGAGACGAGGGAGACGAGGGAGACGAGGGAGGCGACGGACACGGCGGAGUAGCGGGAGACGGCCAGCAGCAACAAGCCGGCAUCCGCGACCAACGGCCGGCGUACCAUUUCACCGCCCAGCAGGCGAAGACGUUCGACCAGGUACGUACGGCGGCGUACGCCAUACCGAGGAGCGAGGACCCCGACACGGGCGAGCUCGAGGGCCACGUGCUGGACUUUUUUAUCGCGUUGUUGGACCACGACGUGGGCGACAACGAGUACCAGAACGCGUUGUACAGCGGGUUGGCCGUGCUAGGGAUCCAGCCGGAGCAGGGAUGGCGGAGCGCGUUGUCGUACACAUCGGUGUUGUCGGCGGUGGUAACGGUGGCGCGCAUGUUGGUGUUGUACAAGGCCAAGCGGGCGCGCGAGGACGAGAUCCGGCAGCGGCGGCAGGCGGCGGGCGAGAGCGAGGCGGAGGCGCGGCGGCGGGCGCGGAGCCAUUUCGACCGGGUGCGGGAGAUGGUACAGCGGUUCAUGACGAUCAUCGCGUACGACGGGCGGCCGUCGCCGAUGGAUUCGGUAUUGCGGUUGCGGGCGUACGGCAAGGCGAUCCGGGCGAAUACGAACGCGGACGGGGUCGUGGACUGGCACGGGGACGAGUUGUUGUUGGGCCAC